AUGGUCGACUCCGCCGACGAGCCUCCGCUGUCAAGUCGUCUAAUCUCAUGGGCUAAGACCAAGACUCCCUCAGCGCCAACGUCCCCGACUCCCCAUCGAAAUCUCCCCGACCUUUCGGACCAAUCUACUUCCGCGCGACACGAUCUAGACACCCGCCGACAAGAUGCUGGGAGCGGCCCCUCUGCAGCUGGUCCUGCAACAAAUCCAGACCAACCCAUCGAUGGAAGAACGGAUAAAGAGCAACAAAAUCCACCGAUUGUGGACGAGAAAGGAGAUGGAACGCAAUCUUCCCCCAUAGGCAAUCCUCCCCCCAAGGACAAAGCGCCCUUGGUCAAUCGUUUCUUCCGCGAUGUCAAGCGCAUCCUCUUCUCCAGCUGGGUCAAUUGGCUCCUUGUUUUUGUCCCGGUUGGCAUCAUAUUGGGGAUUAUUGUCGACUGGAUGGGCAGCCGGAUUGUAAGCCCCAGCGCUGUAUUUGCCAUCAAUGCAGUCGCCAUUAUUCCUCUGGCUUCCCUUCUCUCCUAUGCAACCGAGAGCGUUGCCAUCAAACUGGGCGAUACCAUUGGUGCUCUUCUGAAUGUCACCUUUGGGAAUGCCGUCGAGUUGAUUAUCUUCAUCAUUGCUCUCGCAGCAAAAGAAGUGCGCGUGGUCCAAGCCGCCGCCCUCGGUUCGAUCCUGUCGAACCUGCUUUUGAUCCUGGGCAUGUGUUUCGUGGCCGGCGGUCUUCGAUUUCGAGAACAACUGUACAACUCAACUGUGUCUCAAAUGAGCGCAUGUCUGCUGUGUUUGAGCGUCAUCAGUCUCCUUUUGCCAACAGCAUUCCAUGCCUCAUUCUCGAGCGCUGUGAAGGCGGAUCACGUGGUAUUGAAAGUCUCACGAGGUACCAGCGUCGUGCUUUUGCUGGUCUACAUCCUCUACCUGCUCUUCUCGCUGAAAUCCCACGCUUUCAUGUACCAGAGUACUCCCCAGCAUCUGAUUGAUGAAGAGUCACACCCUGGAGUCCUCGCCGACAUCCUGAACUCGUCCAGCUCUUCAAGCGACUCAUCCAGUUCGAGUGACGGCGACACGGAUUCAAGUUCCAACUCAAACACAACAACCAAACGCAUCAGGCGUGCACUCCGCCGCAAGCGGCGCAAGUCAACUUCAAGCACGAAAGAAAACGCCUCGGUUACGACAUUCACCAGAAGUUCAUCGAUGCUCACCGGCCAUGGUGGCUCGAUGAUCCAGGCAAUGUCUCCGACUUCGGCAGAGCUAGAGCCCGUGUUUAGCGGUGACGAGGCUGACAUCGACGGAGAAGGAAGGACGGCUCGUCAUCGGUCACGUACACAUACUGUCCACUCUCGCGACUUUGAAAGCGGAGUGCAGACCGACCAAGCUUCAGAGAAAUCUAGGAGACGCCACCGAAAGUCGAAGAAAUCCAAACGCUCCAAGAAGGACAAAGAUAAAGGGAAGAGCAAAGAGUCGGAGAAGGAAAAAGGGCGUGUCAUUGAGACGGUGACCCACGAGAGCUCUCUGUCAACUGCGGACACGGUACAACCUCAGGUUGGGUUUGCUUCGGAUAUCCAGGAGAUCCCUAACGAUGGUACCGUGAAGCGAACAUUUAACAUUCGCAACAUCUCUGAAGCCGUCAAGCCGGCAUUCACGUCAGCCAAUUUCCCUCACCAUCAAGCCACCGGCAGACCUCUUGCAAUCCCCAUUCGCCCCAUUUCGCAGCCGCGAUCAACCACUCGGCCUGUGCGUCGAACUGCUUCAAUGCCGGACAUCCUCCAUCCUACCGUUUCUAGUAACCGAUUGCUACCCUCGAUAUCUGCACCAGUGCAACAUGAUGCACCGUCGUCAGAAGGUCCUACCGAGGUGCAAAGCGAUGAUGUUGUUGAGCCUCAGACGCAUCUGUCCCGCACCUCUGCUGUUGUCCUUCUUCUAGCCACCACAGGACUGGUCGCAUUAUGUGCCGAGUUCUUGGUUGGAAGCAUUGAUUAUUUGAUUGCCAAUAGCGGUGUCAGUCAAGCAUUUAUCGGUUUGAUUAUUCUUCCCAUCGUUGGCAACGCAGCUGAACACGUGACGGCGGUGACGGUUGCGGCCAAGAACAAGAUGGAUCUGGCCAUCAAUAUUGCCUUGGGCAGCAGCAUCCAAAUCGCACUCUUUGUCACUCCUCUGAUGGUCAUUCUGGGGUGGAUCAUCAAGACCGACAUGAGUUUGUAUUUCAGCCUUUUUGAAACCGUCAGCCUGUUUGCCAGCGCCUUCAUUGUCAGCUUUCUGAUGAUCGAUGGACGAAGCAAUUACUUGGAGGGCGCGUUGCUCAUUGCAGCCUACGUCAUCAUUGCCGUUGCGGCCUUCUUCUAUCCGACCUGUGAUCUGAGCUCCGCUAGCGGUCCGCUUGAUGGCACGAAUCCGGUUUGCUAA